AUGAGCAGUAGCGAAUUGAUUGCAGAGCUGGAACGAGAACGUGACCGUCGUGUACUCUCCAUUCAGAGUCACGUUGUCCAUGGUUACGCCGGCAAUAAAUGCUCAGUUUUCCCGCUUCAGUUGCAUGGAUUUGAAGUCGACUUCAUCAACAGUGUCCAAUUCUCGAACCACGCGGGUAACAUCGAAUAUUUGACGCUUCCAACAAGAUACGAGCACGUGAAAGGACAGAAGUUGACUGAAAAAGAGCUGGAGGAGCUGUACGAAGGACUCACGCUGAAUAAUAUCAACAAUUAUACCCAUGUGCUCACUGGAUACUGCGGAAAUGUGACAUUUCUUCAAAAAAUCGCCGACGUCGUCAAGGACUUGAAGAAGAAAAACGGCAAUACAACGUUCGUCUGCGAUCCGGUGAUGGGCGACAAUGGGCGAUAUUACACACCAAAGGAAUUGAUGCCUGUCUACCGUGAUCUGAUAAUUCCGUUGGCCGACGUUCUGACACCGAAUGCGUUUGAGCUCGGCGAGCUCACUGGAUCUCCAAUAGAAACCGAAGAAGACUGUCUGAGAGCAGUCAAUGAGUUACACGCGAAAGGAGUGAAGACGGUUGUGGUGACGAGUGGAGUGACUGGAGCACAGACAAAUGAGAGUCUGAGAUGCUAUGCAAGUGUCAAGGGAAGCCACGUCUAUCGAUUCACAUUUCCCAGGCUUGUCGGACAGUUUGUUGGCACUGGAGACACGUUCACCUCGCUUCUCGUCGUAUGGCUCGACGAACUGAAUGGCGAUGUGUCUGAAGCAGUGAAACGAGUUCUCGCAUCAAUGCAGUGCCUCAUUCGGAAAACGAGCAGCUACGCACAACUUCAAGUCGACACGAAUUCGCGUGCAAUGUGUGAACUUCGGCUCAUCCAAUCGAGGAAGGACCUGCUUUGGCCGCCAACGUGUGAUCAGAUUCAAGUGGAGAAAAUUGGACAAUAGGACUCUUCGUCAAGUGGUAUCUAGAAUAUUCUCUCUGUUGAGCUUCUGCAUAAUUUUAUCUGUGAUUGAUAGUUUUUUUAAAAUUUCUCGAAUUAUGUCUCAAUAUCAUGUGAAAUAGUAUUAUUUUUAUUUAUGUAUUUACUAGUAAAUUUAUUUUAAAGAAAU